GACGCCUAAACCCCAACCACAAAUUCUGGAAAACCCGAAGAGCCGCGUGCUUCUCUUCCUCGGCAAGCAACACCGCCGCUGGCCGGGCCACGAUGGGGAGCAGGGCGGCCGCGGCGCUGCUCCGCCGGGGCAGGGACCAGGCCUCCGCCAUGAUGAUGACGAUGCCUCGCCUGCUCCCGAGGAACGCUCCCGCACCCGCUGUUCCUACGUUUGGACCCGGCUCCCGUGGCGGCGGCGGACGCCUCCUCCCGCCGCGGCUGGAUUCGACGGGGGCCUUCUUCUCCGCUUCCCGGUUCGCCUCCUUCCAGGCCUUCCGCUCCCUGUCUCCGAAGACCUUAUUGGGACAAUGCACAAGAAAAAUGUCUACUACCGUGGCAGCACUGAAUUCAACUGUGGCCAAUGUAACAGUAAAUUCAGGAUUGAAGCUGCUCGUUACGAAAGGACCUCAGGCACAGAAGGCAGUCGGGAUAUGGCUCUUUGGGUGUGCUGCUUGGGUGUUCAGCUUGGUCAUACUAGGAGGAAUUACACGGCUCACACGUUCUGGGCUGUCAAUGACUGACUGGAAGUUCACCGGGGAAAUACCUCCAAUGUCAGACGAGACCUGGCUGCUGGAAUUUGAGAAAUACAAGCAGUCGCCUGAGUACAAGAGGGUGAACAAAGGAAUGAGCCUUGAAGAUUUCAAAUUUAUAUACUGGAUGGAGUAUGCACACAGAAUGUGGGGAAGAGCUUUGGGCUUUGUAUUUGUGGUUCCUUUUGCAUACUUUGUUGCAAAAGGGUAUGUUACCCGCCAACUUGGGCUUAGGUUGUCGGCUCUUUUUGCUCUUGGUGGUGGGCAAGGACUUAUUGGCUGGUGGAUGGUGAAAAGUGGUCUUGAGGAACCAACAUCUGAGUAUGUUCAACCAAGGGUUAGCCCUUACAGGUUGGCGACUCAUCUGACAUCUGCAUUUGUUAUAUACUGCGGUAUAUUGUGGACUGCUUUGUCAGUAGUGAUGCCAGAUCCCCCGACUGGAUCAAUGAAUUGGGUAAAUGGUGCAGCGAAAAUUAGAAAAUUGGCAAUUCCUGUCAGUGCUGUGGUAGGCAUUACUGCCAUAUCUGGAGCAUUUGUUGCUGGCAAUGAUGCAGGGCAUGCUUACAAUUCUUUCCCAAAGAUGGGUGACACUUGGAUUCCAGAAGAUGUUUUUAGCAUGGAGCCUUUCAUACGCAAUUUUUUUGAGAAUACAUCUACCGUGCAGCUCAAUCACCGAAUUCUUGCAACAACCACUUUAUUGUCUGUGGGUGGAUUGUGGUUGGCUGCAAGGAAAAUACACAUGCAUCCAGCAGUCAAAUCUCUGAUCGGGAGCACACUUGGGAUGGCUGCCCUUCAGGUUACGUUGGGAAUAUCUACACUCUUGAUGUAUGUUCCUACCUCUUUGGGCUCAGCUCACCAAGCUGGAGCGUUGACACUGUUGUCACUGAUGAUCCUUCUCACUCACACUUUAAGACGGCCAUCACCAGCUCUUCUUAAAUCACUUGCAACUGCUGUGAAAUCAACCUGAUAUUUCACCAUGAAAUUUUCUAUCAGACAAUGUGUGUUGGUCUGUGUGUGGCCGCGUUGGCGAUUACGGUGGAGAAGGCAGAGCAGUUCUUUUUUUUUUUUUAAGAUGAAAAGGCGGAGUUAAGCAGCAAAGCAGGAUUGUGAACAUAAUGGAUGUGGGGUUUAGUAGAGAUUUGGGAGGAUCGUCGCCGUUCAAUCAAUCGACGGACGCCAUCCUCCCGGACCAUGUGAUCCCCACACCUGGUGAGUUCAUUUCUUGAAUUUUUUCACUAUGUUCACAAGUGAAGGUAGAAUGAAGUUCCUAGGAUAUUUGCUGUAGGUGUUUGAGGUCGGGUCUAUUUGAUUAAACAAGGCGGAUUCUUCUUCGCAAAAGAAAAAAAGAGACUAAAUUUUGAUAAGCAUGCAUAUGAUCUGGCUAUUUCAUCAAACAAGGUCAAAACUUCUAUGCACGUUAGAAUGAAAACGAUUUUGCAUACGUGUUUUACGUGCUUCUCUCCCCUGAAUGCU